AUGCCUUGGCAACUUUUUCAAGGCGACAUUUGGAGACUACAUGUCGACGGGGCUUCCAACUGCAACGGAGCAGGGGUUGUCUUAGUUUCCCCUUGUGGCACACUUCAUGAAAGCUCUCUCAGCAUCGACUUCCCCGCCACCAAUAAUGAAGCUGAAUAUGAAGCCCUCCUUGCUGGCCUAUGCUCUGCAAUUGCGAUGAAUAUCGCCAAUCUAGUCGUCUACUGUGACUCCCAACUCAUAGUUAAUCAAGUACUUGGGGACUAUGAGGCUCGAGACCCACGAAUGUUGAAAUACCAAGCAACAAUAGCCGAACUCAUCACGCACUUCAAGAAUUUCAAUAUAGAACAGAUCAACCGCGAGCACAACGCGCAUGCAGACUCACUCGCUAGCCUUGCCUCAGCUUCCAAAGCCUCCGAAUUCAAAACCAUCAACUUUGGCAGCAUUGACCACCCAAGCUUUGACACCACUCUAGAAGUACUCAACGUUGAACUCGAUCCAAGCUGGAUGGAUGAGAUCAUUGCGUUCCUCAAACAUGAUACUCUACCAGCAAACAAAAAGGAAGCUUAUCGCAUCAAGAACAAAGCCGCUUACUACUGGCUAUCGAAAAGUGGCCAACUCUAUAGGAAAUCUAUCUCCGGCUCUUAUCUCCUCGUUGUCCACCCAACCCAAGUACCUAAGAUUCUCACUGAGCUUCACUCAAGUAGCUGUGGCUGCCACUCUGGUAGUCGUUCACUCUGCCAACGAGCAACAAGUCAAGGGCUUGACAUCGUAGGCAAACUCCCAACAGCUCCAGGAGGUUUUAAGUUCCUGGUCACGGCAACGGACUACUUCUCAAAAUGGGUAGAAGCCGAGCCUCUUGUGACAAUCACAGAGGCUAACGUUCAGAGAUUUGUUUGGAGAAACAUUGUUACAAGGUUCGGCGUCCCUUACACCAACGUAUCAAACAACGGAAGCCAAUUCGUCGGCAAGGACCUCACCAGCCUCUGCGCUGAAUUUGGGAUAUGCUUUUUCAACUCCACUCCAGCUUAUCCCCAAGGGAACGGCCAGGCAGAGGUUACGAACAAGACAAUCUGCGAUGGGAUCAAGCGUCGGCUAAACUCCAAAAGAGGCAAAUGGGCUGAAGAAUUGCCACGCGUUCUAUGGGCUUACCGUUCUACACCAAGGCGCUCAACAGGCCAAACGCCCUUUUCCAUGGCGUUCGACAUGGAGGCGGUAAUCCCACUAGAGUCCAGGUUCCCCACUUUGAGAACAGAGAACUUUGACCCAAAGACCAACGAUGAAGCCGUGGAAUAG